CGUGUAGGGUGGUCGUAGCAGGCGCCGGCCCAGCGGCAGUACACAUCGGUUGCAGCACAGCAGUGUGAAGGUUGCAGUGUUGUAGUGAGCCUGGGCACACUUUUUCGAUCGGAUAAAUUGUACGGACUGUGCUUCCGAGUGCUUUAAAGCGGUUCCAAAAUUUCUGUGUGCUGUUUUGGUGAUUAUUGUUUCAGUUUCGUUGGUGGUGGUACAGUUCAGACCACGACGGUGCAUUUCCGCUGUUUGAGUUGCACAUAAUUUAAAGUCAUUUCCGUAAUUGUAAACGGGGUGAGCUGCCUGAAAGUACGUCGGAAGUUUCGCCACCGCAAACGACCGGAAAUUGGAUCGGUUUAUUUUCUGUUGCAGCUUUUUUAAAUUGUUGGAAGGAUGUCGCUCCCAAAUAUAGGACGCGUUUCAACCCCACAGCCACACUUUGUGCCAGGCUACACAGGGUACUGUCCACAGUACAUGUAUCGCAUCGGAAACACGUACUCCGCUCUAACGCACCGGCUGUUGAUUGACCCGACGGUAGCCCACUCGGAGAAGCUGAUCCUUUCCGAUCGUACCAACGACGAGUAUUCGAUUGAACGACAACCAGUCGCCACCCAGCUGGAUGAUGACGAUCGGCGCCGGGAGGAUGACGAUCAGCGGGACACGAUCUAUCGCUUCACCCCCAUGCCCGGGUACGAGGGCUACAUACCGCGCACGAAGGACAAGUUCGGCAAGCGGUACGCCGUCACCACCACCGAAGGGCUGUCCGAGUUUGAGCGCGACUGUCAGCGCACCAGGGCACAGCUGAAGCGAUUGCGCCACCGUGUCGCGCAACCGAUCUCGACCAUCUCCAAGGGAAGCUUGGGCGAACGGAUGCUUCGAUUAAAUGAUUACGAGAUUCCUCUCCGAUUGGUGCGCCCCGAUGCGCUCAGUGUGGUAAAGGAGGUGCCGAUGGAAAACUUGCCCCCGCUGCCCGGUCUGCCUUACUUCUCCCGCGACACACCACCGUUGGCGCUGCCGAACGAGCAUCCGGAAAAGUGGCUCAAGCUAGGAUACACCGGCCACAAACCGUUCCUUUGGCCACGGUUCGGUGAAUCGAACGUACCGAUCAGCUCGAAAGCGCUCUGUGAUUUUACCAACAGCUACAACCAUCGGCGCAGCACCGACUGGGAACCGAUAACGCUGGCCGGCGCCGGAACGUCCCAACCGUCGGCGAAGGUGAACGAAAUCUAUCACAAAACGAUCGGCCUUCUGCCCAACUAUCAGGGGCACGUGCCUGGGGCUAUGUUUAGGUUUGGGAAAACCUUCGGCAACGAUAGCAAGGAUGCGAAAAAGGCUCUCAAACGGUGCUGAGAGUGAACGACCCUGCCGUGCUGCUGUGUGAUAGGAAGGACAAACACAUCUACACCAGACCGUGAUUCCGUGAUUGAAGCUUCUAUUUUCUGGUUAACUUAAUGCGAUUAAACGAUCCACUCCCGAAAGUAAAAUUUUAAAUACAACGCAAUAAAAAAGAAACAACGUUACUAC